AUGGCGGAGCCGAUCAUAAAACUAUUGGUUGCAAAAAGCGUUGAGCAGGCUGUGGAAGAAGCCAGACAAGAGCAUCAGCUACUUGUGCUUCACAUGCGAAAGCGAGAGCUGAUUCGGCACCAAGAGGAAGAGCUGCGUGAGCUGGAACGAGAAGAAGCACGUAGGCAUCUUUUGGCUCAGCAGGCCAUGCGAGGCCAGUUGAUCGUGAAAGAACAUGAAAGACGGCUAUGGCGAAGGCUGUGGGUAGCGCACAUCGGGACGGCUGCUCUGGGUAGUGGCCUCCUCAACAAAACUUUAGACCGUCUGGACCAGGAACAGUUUUUCCUAUCCACGAGGGACAUUGCUGUUGGCGAAUUUUUGUCGGAAGUCGCUGCGGCAGCUUCUCAUGAAAUAAAGAAACGAAACGAAAUUAGUGAGGAGCUAGUAAAGCGAUGGUCGAACAAUGAAGCCUUGCAAAUGGCAUGCCGGCGGCAGCAAGAACUGUUGCUCUGGCGUCAGCACUUGAGCAUGAGGGAAAAGCUUAAAAGAAGAAGAGAUCUGCAGCGUGGUGUUGUGCACAUAUUUGUCACUUCCGCAGAGCUUGAACGUGCUGCCAAGUUGGGGUCGUCAGGCAGGAAGUCCACAAAGAUUCUGAAACGAGAAUCCUUUGAAUCACCAAACAGUUUUGAAACGUUGAACCUAGCCUUGCCUUCCUCUCAAGAAGCCGUGCAGUUUGACGAUGCCGCUGAAUUACUGCAAAAAGCGCAAGCCACUGUGAAGGCUGCAGCUGACCUUGUUCAACUUAGCCUGCCUAGUGAUUACGUCCGACGAGAAAGACUUAACCGUGGGCAGACCCUUAAAUCGGAGGCAAAACGGCUGACAGAAGCAUUCGAAGAGCAACACAGGCAUUUAUGGAGUGCACGGAAAAACAAACUAGCCUCCGCAGCAGACAAGGAAUGCACAAACGUAGAAAACACCCAGGGAGAUAACGAACUCGGCAGCUCGGCAGCCUGUUCCGCCAUGAUAUGUAUCGGCCCCUUCAAGGUGAUACGAAAUCAGAUUGUGCCUGGGCUUUCAAAGAGCUUUAUUGAUAUGGAAGAGCUACAGAAGGAAGUGCAAAGAAGAAUGUGUAACUGCUUCAGCAACAUGGCAGGGAUAAUUCGAAGUUCACAAGUCGCCUUCGAAGCAAAGGGACAAAAAAUAAUGAAAGUCCAAACCUUGCUAAAUUACGAAUUCGGGGAUCUGCGCAUUCGGCUGGAAAGAAAAAUAACAUUUGCUGACCCGAGUGAUGAGACCGAAAGCGAGCUUGCGAGUGAAGAGUCUAGAGAACGCGAAGGCAACUAG